AUGUUGACGGCCGCAACUCUCACUCCUCUAUCCUCAUCUAAUUUUCGCAUUUCACGUAACUCAAUUCCUCAAAAUCCGUGUCGUAGCUCCAAAGUCAACACCUUUCUACCGAAUUUCAGGGGUGGCUGCAAAUGUGAGACUCAAACUGAAAGGGGGUUAGAGUUUGAAAUUGGCGGUGCAUUCUACCGGCAAGAGAGCGCCUCCGGGAGGGAUCUCGGAGUACUCGCCGCUUUCUUGCAUAAGAAGUCCAAUGGGAGCUUGCGCGUGCUUGAUGCGCUUUGCGGUUGCGGUGUUCGUUCGCUUCGGUACUUGGUUGAAGCUGAGGCUGAUUUUGUUGCUGCCAAUGAUGCGAAUGAUAGCUAUGGAAGCACCAUUGCAGAGAAUUUGUCGAGGGUGAAGAAGGGUUCUUGUGAUGAGAGUGGAGAGAGAUGGAAGGUUACUCAUUUGGAGGCUAAUCGUGUGAUGGUGGAUUAUUAUCUUCAAAAGAGUUUUUUUGAUUUCAUUGAUGUUGAUUCUUUUGGGAGUGAUUCAUCUUUCUUGAGGUCUGCCAUGAAUGCUUUGAGGCUGGGUGGUUUGCUCUAUGUGACUUCUACUGAUGGAUACUCUUCUGGUGGACACCGUCCCCAUCAUUCGUUAGCUGCAUAUGGAGCCUAUGUACGCCCUAUGCCAUAUUCGAAUGAGGUUGGUUUGCGAAUGCUUAUAGGUGGAGCUGCCAGGGAGGCUGCAGUGUUAGGGUAUCAUAUUACUCCCUUGUUUUCGUACUAUGCGUAUCACGGACCUGUUUUCAGAGUCUUACUCAGAUUAAAUCGUGGCAAGAUUCAUGACAGUAGGCAUUAUGGCUAUAUUGGUUAUUGCCACAAAUGUGGAAAUUCUCAUGAAUAUUCUUGGGAUCAACUUGGUCAGAUUAGUUGCUCUUGCAGUAUGCCGAUGGUUUCAAACUCCCUUGUGGUGUCUGGACCGCUUUGGACCGGACCUCUUCACGAUGCUGCAUAUCUUACGGACAUGCUAAAUCUAGCGAAGGAGUGGGAAUGGGUUGAAUGUGACAGUAAAAACAGUCUUGGAAAGCUUAUAAACCGAAUGAUUGAUGAAAGUGACCCUAAGUUGCCAUUUGGGUAUAUCAAGUUGGAUGAGAUGGCAAGCCGCGCAAAAAUUAAUUCUCCAUCUCUAAAGGCCUUGAUGAAUGCCAUGCACCAGGAGGGUUAUGCUGCAAGCAGGUCUCACAUAGCCACAAAUGCAAUCAAGACCAAUUGCCCCAUGACAGAAUGCAUUAGGAUUGCAAAAGAACUAUUACAAGUUCCUGUUUCAUAAUGGUUUCGUUGCUAAACCUAUAUUUAGUUGUAAAACCGCACAGGUAGUGCCACCCAAGGUCUUCAUGGUUUGAUGCUCGAAAGUGUUAAAUGUAGAAUCUAUUUUUCUAGGUCAAAUCAAGUUUUGUGCCCUAAUUUGGUGUUUCAAUUAACAGCGAGAUAGAUAUGCAUUACGUUUAUCUCCCAGUAAGAACAUUUUUCAGGAAAACUAUUUAAUAAUAUUGAUG